AUGACUGCGAUAUGCUUCGUUUGCAACCUACCGAUUUUGUCCCAUCAAGUGGGACUCGUGUGGGCUGGUGGGAACGGUUGGGACGAGCUGACGCGGUCCACUUUAGAAGAAUCAACCCUCAGGCAGCGCCUUGGCAGCCGCAGAGACUCGGCGGCACAAGUUUGCUGUCUGUCCCCACCGGAGCCUGAUGUCGCUGACCAACCCAGAGGUGGCCCCCGCCGACGACGCUCAUCUCUUGCUCAACUCACAGACAUUCUUCGCGAGUGGGGCGGCGGUGGCAGCAGCACACAGCAAAGACGACAAAGAGCUCCACUAUCGAGACGCGAAACCUUAGCAGACCUCGCUCGGUCACUGCCCUGGGCGAGACACGAACCGCCACCCCGACGCCGGAGAGACUCCUCCGCUGACUCUGGCAUUAAAUCAUCAGCAUCGAAACGCCGAGAUUCAAAAGCAGCACCCCAAGAUUUCAAGUCUGACUUUUCUGGAUUUUUAGAUCGCAAAGAUUCCACCACAGUCAUGCCUACUCGAGAGAGACGUAUUAAAAGGCGUGGUUCAGGCGAUGACAAAGAACGAAGGGAUUCAGUGGAUGGACACAGACAUCGCAGAGAUUCUGUAGCAGUGCCACCGCCGCGAGUGGUGGCAACUCAUAAAAAGAGAAGAGCUUCUCCACCCACCCCUGCUCCUCCAUCUUUUGUAGAUGCUUCAUCAGACCCUGGCCCGUCAACUCAUCUACCAUCUGUGACUGUAGUAACUGUACACGAACCGAGUAGAUCGGACGGAGAAUGUCCGCCGAUGACUAUGCCAACUAUUAUCACGUCUGCAGUAACUCCGUCACCAACGUCGCCCACUGUACCUACUGCUAAUAAUACGCAGGCCUCUCAAGCAACUCAGGCAACUUCAACAGCUCAGGGGACACAAGCAACUCCCAGUGGUAGAACUCCACCUAACUUGGGUGGCCGAAGAGACUCUACGACACAAUGCGGGCGAGCUAGAAGAGACUCUCGAGCGGCUGCUAGUCCGGAACGUCGAUUGGGUAGAUUACAACGACAAGCGACUGCAUUCGAUGAUCCAACCGGUCCUCCAGGCACGCGACGUAGAGACUCUGGGCCUACUCUAGAACCGGAUGAUGCAGGAAGAGCAAGACGUGAUUCCUUAAGUCCUGAUUCAGCAGCGAGACCACGGCGGGAACGAAAUCAACUCAGUCCUGACAGAGCAGGCGGUGGUGAAUUGAGUCCUUCAGCGGCACGACGACGAAGUCGUUUACGUCGACAGGCGUCCUGUGCUCGAGUAGGUCGAGCUCGAAGCCCAGAAUCAAGUUCCUGUUCCAGUCGAGAUCCUAGUCCAUGCGCCAGGCCACCAGAACGUACAAUGUUUAGACGACAAUCAACAACAGAAGAAAUACUAAUAGCGCGUGGUUUCCGCCGACAGUCUACGACGGAGGAAAUGAUUCGGUGUCGUAACUUUCGCCGACAAAGUUCUCAGAGUGACGACGCUUGUAUGCGCGCUCGUGGGCGCCGCGACUCGUCUACGCAAAUAUUAGACGGAACCAUUGGCACUAUGACCGUAGAAACUACGAGCACGUUCUUCGAUUCCAGUACACAGACUGAGCCGUCCCCAUUGUACGACAACAACCACUACCACGAGGAAUGUCUUCGCUGCAACUCCUGCGGGUUGAACCUCACCGGACCCAAUCAGAAAUUGCGGCCAUUCGUGUGUCUAGACAUAGUCUUAGUUGCAGGUCUGUUUUCCAAAUUAAGACACUGA